CCCCAUUGUACCCCUUGUUUUGCGGCGCCGUGAUGUGAUCUCCAGAGUUUUUGUUUUGACCUCCUGUCUUCUGUCUCUUGUUCAUCGCGCUCAACUCCAUCGGGCAGUCAUGGGAAUCAUCAAGAAAGUAAAUCUCGGGACUGUGGGGCUCGGGGCCGGCGCACUGGGUUACCUAGGCCUCUCGACGACCAUCGUCAGCCCGCUUCCGGCGGACGACCCGCUGUGGCGGUCCAAGAGUUACGCCCAAUUCAACACCCAUCACAACGCGUCGACGCAGGAUGUUUGUCUGAAGCGGAUCCCACUCAGCAAGAUCAAGCCGGAGCUGCUCCAGCGCGAUGGCGAUCUCGCGCUUGAAUUUUGCCGCGGGGUCUGGAGCGGCAUAGGCUACCGCUUCCAGCGCGCAUACCUUGCUCGCAAAUACCAGGGGCCCGCCACCGCCGGUCAGCUGUGGACCGUUGAGCAGCUCGCGCGGUCGACGUAUGAGCCCGGCACCCAGCUCACCGACCACUUCGAGGUGGUCGAAAAGACUCCAUCCGAGAUCACUGUCCGCUGCGGUGAUUCCCCGAGAAACCCGAACCCUCGGGACUCGGAUGGCUUGUUCGCCAUCGGUGCGGCCGUCGAUCGCGAGCGCGGCGAGGCGGUGCUGGCACUCAAGAGCUGCUUCUUCAACAGCAGGAUCAAGGUGGAGGGGAUCCAGGGGCCGAUGCCCGGCUGGAUAGAGUUGCUGCACAGAUGGUAUUCCCGGCUCUUGAUCGAGACGGGAUCCUGGAGAGUAACCCGCUAGAUUGUUUUCGUGUGCAACCAGGACGAACGACACGUGCCUGUGCCCUGCCAAUGUUUAGACUGCUGUCUCCGAGAUACUCGCAGGCUACCUACCAAGAUAUUAAAUUGGAAACCCCAUUCAUCGUUUUCAGAGGCUCGCUUUCGUCGUGAAUCAAUGUGGGGGAUGCGGGGAAGUCAGAGCCACCUUCCCCUGCCUGAGA